ACCUUGGCCAGAUGGGAAUCUGCUGCAGAGUCCGGCGCGCCUCUGUUGCAGCAGCCGGGAACUACGAGUCCCAGAGUGCUCAGCACUGGGAUUGAAGCUGCGCAACCGCCUGGCUGGCCGCGAGCGAGACUGCCCUGCCUGUUGACAGCCUCUGGGGGGUUUUGGGGGGGGGAGAGAUAGUGGGCUGGAUCGUGCGGAGAAAAGCAAGCAGGCAGACAGGCAGGCGGACUGAGCGGCUAAUUCGUGCAAACGCCCAGAAGCAGCGGAGACAAGACAGCGGCGCUGCUAGGGAUUUGGAAGACUGACACUUGAAUGGUUGACAGGUAAACUUCAAAGGGCCCAGUUUUAGGAAGAGCCAUGUCAGUGCCAUUCCGGAAAGAGUUGGAGAAAUACAAGAAUAUCAAUGAAGAUGAAAUUCUCAGCAAACUCUCUGAGGAUGAAUUAAAGCAGCUGGAGAAUGUUCUUGAUGACCUAGACCCAGAGAAUGCGCUUCUGCCGGCAGGCUUCCGACAGAAAGAUCAGACCAGUAAACCUGCCACAGGACCUUUCGACAGAGAACGUCUGUUGUCUUACUUGGAGAAACAAGCCCUGGAGCACAAAGACAGAGAAGACUGUGUACCCUUUACCAGAGAAAAGAAAGGGAAAGUGUUUGUUCCUAAAGAAAGACCAGUAGAAACCCACACAGAGGAAAAGGUGACUCUGGACCCAGAAUUAGAAGAAGCCUUAGCCGGUGCAUCCGAUACCGAGCUAUAUGAUCUAGCAGCCGUCCUUGGAGUGCACAACCUGGUCAACAACCCAAAGUUUGAUGAAGGAACCACCAGCAAAGACGGCAAAGAAACAGUGAAAAAUGUGGUCAAAGGUGAAAAGGUCAAGCCAGUUUUUGAGGAACCGCCUAACCCCACAAAUGUUGAAGGCUCUUUGCAAAGGAUAAAGGCAAAUGAUCCUACGCUCCUGGAAGUCAAUCUGAACAACAUAAAGAACAUCCCAAUUCCCACCUUGAAAGAGUUUGCAAAAGCUUUGGAAACCAACGCCAAUGUGACAAAAUUCAGCUUGGCAGCCACACGGAGCAACGACCCUGUUGCGAUUGCAUUUGCAGAUAUGUUAAAAGUGAACCAGACGUUGAAAAGUCUAAAUAUAGAAUCCAACUUCAUCACUGGGACAGGCAUCCUUGCCUUGAUUGAUGCCCUGAAAGGGAAUGAAACACUGACGGAGAUAAAAAUUGACAACCAGAGACAACAGCUUGGCACAGCAGUAGAGAUGGAGAUUGCUCAGAUGUUAGAGGAGAACUCGCAGAUCCUCAAAUUUGGGUACCAGUUUACAAAGCAAGGUCCAAGAACGCGGGUAGCAGCAGCCAUCACUAAAAAUAAUGACCUAGUUCGCAAGAAGCGAGUGGAAGGAGAACGUCACUAGCCUUGCUUCUAAGGAUGUGAACAAGCUACCUGUCAAAAAGAGCUGUUCUAUCACCAAUCUCAGAACAUUCACUGUUCUUAAGGGAAGACACUGGAAAGUCUUUAGAAUGAGGCUGCUCAUGAUCCGUUAUCCUAUCUCUUCCCCUGCGCCCCCAACAUACUUCUUUUUAAACAGAAUGAUUCAGCCUGAUUUUUCUUUAAAAUACUCAUUUUAAAAAACAUAUUUUUGUUUUUAAAAAACAGUUGCAUAAAGCUGAUAUGUAUGUCAUGAAGGUCAAACAGGCUUUGACUUGGAGCUUCUGAAACCACUAGGAGUCUUCCUUGGCAUUUUUUUAAAAACCAGGUAUAAGAUGCUGGAUGCAAAGCAAGGUCCUUUUUGAUGCCAGGGCUCACUAAUGAGUGUGGCGCUUUCUCAGCUCUGCUAAAUGCUACCUGCAUGAGUAAGGAGCAGUCUGGGCAAAAGAAGCUUUGGUGGUCCUAGGAUGGUAAAGCCAAAUGCCACCCUAUCCUCCCCACUAAAUCAACAAGUGCUACAGUCCUCUAGGAAGUUCUCCUGCACAAGGCAUAUUAAAAUGGAUGGGAGAUGCCUGGUGAACUGUGCUUCAUGGGUCAGAACUGUCCUUCUCCCACUCCUUAAAACCCAUCUUGCCUCAUAGCACAGCCAGAUCUGUUCUGUGUUCAUACAGACCACUUACUUAUCUUACUGAGUGGAGUUUUGUGUAGAUCAUAAAAGGGACCAAGAGGUCAUUUUUAAAACAACCUCUCACAGCAAGAUGGGACCAUAUUUCCACCAGCAACUCACCCACCUCAGCAUCAAACAGAUCAACUUUUGAAAUCCAGACUACAGUGUGCCACAAGUGGAGAGUAGUAGCACUGGAGAGAAGAGUUUACUGAGCAAAGAGUCUGAGAUACACCACCCAAUGGUUCAAUUCAGUACAGCAAACCAUGGUUUGCACUAACCAUAGUUUACACUCCAAAGCAUGGUAUGCACUUCUAAGCAUCAAACCACAGUUUGGAGCGGCUUGUCUGCUUUCAUUUUCCAUCUGCUCAACACUCUCGUUUCUAUAGUGUGGGCACCUCUAGAAGUUGAAUGACACAACUAAAUAUUGCUCCAUCACACAAUCAUAUUUAGCUCGAAUGACAGUUUACAGACCUCCUUCAAAUUAUGGCUUCUGAUUCUGGUUUUCUGGCUGAUUGCAAACCAUUAUUUAUUAAUUCAGACAUCACCCUUAACCAUGGUUUGGUGUGGUCUGAACUUAAGAUGCUACAUGCUGAAGGGUGGGCCACCACUCUCCUUCCAACCUGGGGGGUGUCUGUGGAAAAUUCCACCCUGAACACAAACAGUGUGUCUAUUCAGACCCUGAGUGUUAGCAAAAAAAUCUCUCCACCAAGCUAGCUUGAAGGGAAAUUGAAUUGGGCACAUCUUUAUACCACCCAAACAUCCUGUUCCUGAUAAACAUGGUGUUGCUUAGACCCAUCUGUGCAAUCUGGGCCAGCUUUGUAAAUAUUGUUAAAGCCUCCUUUGUUUACAAGUGUUGAAGUUAGGCUAACCGGGUUUCCAGUCUGUUUUGACCUAUUGGGUGGUGACAUGUAACAGACACUAGUUUUGCCAAACUUUUAAUACAUUCAUGUCCUUAAAAUAAUAAUUGUAAUUUUUUUUACAGGAAGCCAUGAUUGCCACUAACCAUCUCAGUGCAGUGUUCCAAUAAGCAAAGGUGCUGUGUUUUUCAAACCACUUUGUGUAUGUGUGUUUUUAAUUCCUGAUACUUGCAUUUAUUACUGCUGCUGGCCACUGAGACUCAGAUCCACAGCCACUAUUUGGGAAUCUCUGUCUGUGAGCAGCAGAAGAGUACUGAGUGGGUUAUUGGAUUGCAAGGGGGAAACAAAAGCCAAAGUGGGAGCUCCACUUUGGGGUCUCUUGAGUCCAUCAAUGAGUCCCCCUUCCAAGCUGUUUGAGGGCUGCUGUUUUAGGUGAAUGCCAUUAAAGCUGCAAUCAUACAUUCGUUAAACUCAACGGGACUUACUUCUAAGGCAACAAGUGUAAGAUUAUGCUGUGAAACAGUUAAUACAACAAAAGCCAGUCCUUGCCUUUAAAUGGGAAGAGAAGGAGGUAAGAUGAAGAUGAUUAAGGGCUGUUUCACAUAUUAUACAGGUUUGUCAUUGAGGUUUGGCACUGAGUUGAAUGCUUGGCAGGUUGCUACAGCGAAGCCUGAUGUGUCCAUCUGUACAGUCCAUGUGUUUGGAAACAUGUGUUGGAUAUUUUCUCUCUAUACAUCUGUAGGUGCACACUUCCAAACAUCUUGGGUGUACCGGCAAGAUGCACCUAAUGUGUGAAGUAGCCUGGAGAUAGGACAUUUGCCCAUUUUCCAUUUUUAUCUCCGAAAUCAGCACAUUUCCCAUGGUUCAGAGAAAAGCUGGCAGAGCUACAGCAGUGACAAUAACACCGCUCGUUGGCUGUAAGGAAAUUGUGCAAAAGCUUUUAACAUUUGUAAUGCAAUUUAAAUUUGUGUGUGCGGACGUUAAUUUGACGUAUGUCUUUCGAUUAUGUGCAUUGUCGUGUGUGUCUGUAAAAUAACCUCGUAGGCCUGUGGUAUUGUGGUAUCCAGUCUUUUACAAAUCACACUUUGAUUUGAAGAACUAUUGCCCUCUGCAAAAGUAAUAGUAUUUAUGUAAUUUAUGACUACAGCUGCAAUACUGAGUCAAGCGUUGAUCCAUCUAGCUCAGUAUUGUCUGCACUGACUGGCAGCAACUCUCCGGAGUUUCAGACAGGAGUCUCUUCAGCCCUACCUGGAGAUUGAAUUUGGGACCUUCUGUAUGCAAGGCAGAUGCUCUACUACUGAGCGUUGGCUCUUCCCCUGGUUGUCUUAGGGUUGCUAACCUGUGGUUGGAUUCUAGCUCCCAAUAUCCCUGACCACAGGCUCUGCUGGUGGGAUCUGAUGGGAGAUGGCUGCAAGUCUAACCCCUUACCUGGGAGUAAACUCCAUUGAAUUCAGCAGGACUUGCAUCUGAGUAGGCAUGGAUAGGAUUAUGCUGUAAGUCCCAUAAAACUCAAUGGUGCUUACUUAUCCGUAGACAGGUAAGAUUGCACUCUUAGAUUUCUUUAAAUACAUGGCAGUCUUAUUUAUAAUGUAUGAAUUCUGUGAUUCCACCUAUUAUGCCAAGGAAUAGCCCAAGACACUCUAUGACUGGAGAUAUGUGCCCCUCUUUCAUUCCAAAAAUAAAAUGUGUUGUCUUUCAUCUUGCCUUGAAGAAAACACGUGCUUUUUAAUUUAUUUUUACCAUGAAAUUGCUUCUAUAAAAAUACAUCAUUUUUCUUGACUUAUGCUAAAAAACAGAAUGAUUAAAUGAAUACAGCCAGCCUAAUUUUUCUCUUUGAUGCCCACAUUCUUAGUUGAUAAUGGUUUCCCCUUGAAAAAAACCCAGGCAUCUGUAGCCAGCGCUGCUUAAUUUCUCUCAUUUGCCUUCUAUAUCAAUAAAACUUUCCAUUUGUUAAAAAUCAGUUUUGAUUGGCCAGAGGAAUGUUUCAUGUUGUUCUGGUUAAGGUACUAGCGGAAUGAUCUGGAGAUGUUGUUUAACUCAGCCAAGACUGUGCUUAAACAGAUUGGUUUCUUGUCAUUUUCUUUCCGCCUAUGUCGCAGUUCUCUCUCUGCCCCCCCCCCAGCUUCAUAUUUUGUAGGAAGGGGGCUGGAAUAGCAUAGCUCACUUCUAGGCUGUCAGUAUCUUUUGGGAGGGAUUCAACCACUUACUGGAAAUUCAGGUUUGUACAAUUAAAGUGGCGCUCUGUUGUCCUAAUGUAACAAAUCCACUUUAAAAAAAAAAAAAACUUUCUGUGAUGAGGAAAGUGAUGGAAUUCACUGAAAAAUGUGGGGUCAACAAAAGAUUAAUGGAAAGAUGUAUAUACAGUACAAGGAAAUCAGGAUGAAUAUGGGGUGCUUGGAUAUCUCCCCGUUACUCAUUCUUUUAUUCCACACUUUCCUGUGUUCCCCAUCAUUUUCAUAACUGCAAAAAAACCCUUUAAAAAUGGAUUUGUUCCGCCAGGGCAAGAGAGCACCUUAAUCCACUUAAACUGAGCAUACCUAAAUUUCCUGUAUGCGGUUAAUCCCUCCUGCAAAAUAGUGACAGUCUGGAGGCAUCCCUAGACCCCAGGGAACUGCUGCCAAGCAGAGUAGACAGUAUUGGACUCAAUGGACCAAAGAUCGGACUCGGGAUAAGGCAGCAUCCUAUAUAUGUUCACUGCCUGUUUUCCUUUACUUAAGUGGAGUCUCUGCUCAGAUUGUCGAAUUUGCUGUGCCCUGCCUAUUGCUGCCCUAAGCCAGUUUGGGUUGCUUGUGCUCUUGCAGGUCACAGCAGAAUGCUCUAAACAUUCCUGUUGUUCUUGACCAUUUCCGAAAUGCAGUUGAACAGAAACAAGAGAACAGCCAUUGGUCUUAAUGAGGGUCUGUCUGCUCCCUGCAGCAACUGCUGGAGUUAUUGGCUCUGACAUGUGGGGGAACAGCUUAAAUAUAACCCUGACAAUUUUUCGACUGUCAGGCAGAACCUGCUUUAUUUUUGUGUGUGUUUGUACUGCAGCUACCUUAGGUACUGUACAUACAAAAGUAAUAAUAAUCAUAGGCAAGCCAAGGAGUCAACAGUUUUAUAAAUAUCAGAUUCUAAUUGUAUGUGGCAGUUUCUCUUGGUGUUAUGUGCCACUGGUGGUUUACUACGACUUUCUUUAGCUUUAAAAAAGAGAUUGCUACCUUUUUAAGGAUGGUUUUCAUAGCUGUAAGCAAUUGCCGGGAGAGGGGGGAUCUUGGAUGGAAAAAUAAAUGUAUGAUCAGUAAAAAGAUCUUCCUUUUCAUAUUUUCUGACAUUCGCUUAUCAGUUUACGGUCCAUAGCUCAGUGGUAGAGAUCUGCUUUGCAUGUAGAAGGUCCCGGGAUCAAUCCCUGCCAUCUCCAUGAAGAACUGGGAAGGACCUCGUGUCUAAAACCCCAGAGAGUCACUGCCUAUCAGUGGAGAGUCAAAAAUAUUGAGCUCAAUGGACCAGUGAUCUGGCUCAGUAAAAAAAAACAGCUUCCUAUGAGAAAUUCUUUUCUUGGGUGAGGUGGGGGAAAGGACAUGAAGCUUGAGGCCCAGGAAGGAUGAUGAUGGUUCAAGGAUUGUUAAAAAUGGUGGGGGGGGGAGUAAAAUGACAGCUGCCUGCUUGAAGUGUUGUCACCAACUUGGUGAGAAGCAUAUGGAAAGGAAGGAGAGGCAGUGGACAAAGAGCAGGGAGACGGAUUUGGGCAGUGAGGAGUGGGGGAAAAGAAAAAAGUGGGUGGAUCUGCAACCUACACCAGUGGUUCUCAACCCCACCCCACCCCGAGACCACUUGAAAAUUGCUGAUGGUCUUGGAGGACCACUUAAUGAUUUUUCUGCCUGAAGUAGCAAUUGUAACGUGCUGUGC